AUUAGUAUUAGUACUACCAGUAUUCCUUCUAGUACAACUAAACUAAAGGACUUCCUGCAGAGAAGUACGAAGUAUUUGUAUUACUUUAGUACCGCUGGUACUAGUAGUACACACGGUUUGUGAUCCCCCGCGUUUGGAAGUCCUUCAGAAAAACGCAGUCACAACAGCACAGCGGCAACCGUGAAUAACACAGCAACAACAGUGUGCUCGACAGCAACAGCAACAGCAACAGCAACAGCAACAGAACGACCUUUCCGCCCGUACCGUGGCAUGGUUUGUCCGACAAGCGCCGCAGCAUAGCAUGUCGAUCCCGGUACGGAUCCUGACCUGGAACACUCUGGAAAGCGGGGGCGGCGGGGCCUUCGAGGACGGGUGGGGCUGCCCGCUGGAGAUCCGUCGGCGCGACGCGCUGGCACAGGUGCUGGCGAGGGACGGCGGGAACGACCCCGGCAGCGGGGACCCGCAAUCGCCGUUCUUGGCGGGGGCCGAGGCGAUGCUGACCGGCGAACGGCACGAGCGUCUCCGGGCCGCGGUGCUGGCCGACGUCUUCGAAUGCACCGAAACCAAGGCCCCCGUGGACUUUAUGGCCUUCCAGGAAGUCACGCUGGACGACCCCUGGGACGGGGAUCCCGCCUUCUUCUCCGGGCCCGGAAACGGAGGCAACGGCACGACGAGGGACGAGGAGAGCCUCUUCGGGCCCCUGUACGAUCGCGUGCCCUGCCCCUCGGCAAGACCGGGCGAGAAGAACGGCCGGAGGAUCUACGCCCGCAAGGACUCCGGCUGGGAGCACAGGGUGUCUCUGCCGCUGGGUUCGGGCGCCCUGGUGGGGGGCUGCCUCGCCGAGUUUGGACGGGGCGGCGAAUCCGCCGGCCCGGGGAUCUCCCCCCGCCUGUACCUCGUGAACCUCCACGGAAAAUCGAGAGACAUGCGCGAUCCGGAGCUCCGCCGGAGGGGCGUCCUCGAUCUCUGGGGGGAGCUCGCCUCGCUCCUCGGAGGAGGCGAAGGCGACGGCGAAAGCGAUCGCAGCGGCAACUGGCCACGGCAAACCGUCCUGUGCGGGGACUGGAACACCCAGCUGACGGACCUGGUCGGCGAUUUUCGGGACGCCGCCGCCAGCUACGAAGGCAGCUCCGGCACGGUUCUUUGGGAACCGGUGGUGGGCCUCCUCGACAACUCGACCCGCACCGACACCUUUCCCUAUUUUUCGACGAACCACGAGGACGGCUUCCUGGCCCAGUACGAUGGGUGCCUGUUCGUUCGCGAUCCGGACGGAAGCAAAGGCGGACCGAGCACCGGCACCAACGCACCGGUGCAAGGUUUGGAACUCCUUGGAACCACCUGGAACCCCGAGGGCUUUAUGCCCAAGGGCCGCCACGGGAGCCUGGGCGGCGGCGUGCUUUGGUACCAACACGCCGGGAACCACACGGAGGCCGGGAGCAGCGGGCCGGAGCAAGAAGAGGGGGUCUGCCUCGACGGGAAGGUUCUGCCGGGGUCCCUGCCGUCCGAGGGCCUGAGCGACCACCUCCGGAUCUAUACCGACCUCCUGGUGGGCAGCAACGCCGGAAGGCCCGCAGCCGGAGACUACCGGGGCGGGGGCAGCGACGAAGGGCACCAGAGACGCCCACCCCGCCGUUACGACGCCGGAAGGGCUCGUUCCGGCGGUCGGAACGAGAGCCACCAAAGCCACGGGCCCGGAAAGGGCCUGCGGGGGUGAGAAACGAUGCAAUACCAAACGAAACGAAACGAAACCGAGACCACCGACCGGUGUCGCCCGGCGGAUUGGCACGCCGCCACCAGGAACAAAAGGCCCCUGGGCAUCCGCGUUGCCC